AAUUAAAUAAUGAAAUUAAAACUAAGUCCAGCACCGACCAGACAACCAUCUCGCAGAUGUCAGAUGUGACCAGUUCUGCCUUAGGAGAGCAGAAGCCUACUGCUGGAACCAAGGAUACUCACUGCUGGUUGAUCUCUCCCGAGGAAUACGGGAGCUUGGGAGAGCAGACGGUUCCCCAACGCUCCCUCUUCAACUUCUUGCCCCUGCAGGAUAAUCCUAUUUACGUGGGAACAUUACCGCACAAGAAGCCGAUCUCCGAAAUACUCGCCGAACAGGUGAGAGACAACGCAGGGGCCACAUUGGAGGUGAAUAUCGAGGGGAGUCGGUUUUACUGCAUACCAAACCUUGUCAAGUGCUAUUCGGUGUGGUUCGCGAGAUGCGACUGGCGUGCCUCCAGCUUUAACUUUUCGCCAAGUGAAGUGCCGGCCAGAGGUUUCAAGUGCGCCUACGAAUGGAUGCGCCUCCAGAAGCCGCCCAGCAGCAGCGACGUGGUGGAAACACUCCAGGUCGCAAAGUACCUGAAGAUUGGCCUACUUGAACCCAAAUGUUGGGAGGUGCUGGCCUCCAAUAGUCUGCGCGAAAAGGCCGCCUUUAUGGUGUUUCGCAAGGCAAAGGCAUACCCGGAACUUCGUGAUUUAUGCAAUGCGAUGAAUGGAAGGAUUCGCAAUUACUUCCUAGCGCUCGUGGGAAGCAAAUAUUUCACCGAGCUCUCAGUUGAUGACCUGGAAAACCUACUCAUGCGCAACACUAUCGGAGUUAACUCCGAAAUAGAGGUCUUCUUUCUGGUCCUGCGCUGGAUGAACCUGGCGCGUGACGAACGCAUGAAGCAUCUGGGUCGCCUAAUGAACUGCGUAAGAUUCAAUCUAAUGCCGAUAGUCUUCCUGUGGACACUUCGCGACGGUUACACGCACCCGGACAAGGCUCACCUUUUCUCGGCAGACCCCAUUCUGCUCGCCUUCAACACGGAUCCUACAACAGAAUCGAUCCUUACCGAUGCCAUGUCCUACGUCGCCAUGGCCGACUCUUUCAAUGGGGACCGUGACCGCUAUUUGAAUCACAUGAAGGUGCAUCGGUUGCCAGUAACCAAACCUCGCAAGUACGUCUACCAUCUCAAUUGCCCGUACCACAAGUACGUCCUAGGAGUUUCUGUAACCCACAAUUUCAACGCAAACGAAUUUGAAGAGUACAUCGGGUCCUUGCAGGAGCUGUGGGAGGGAGACGGUCCGCCAUCGCAUGGGGAUGAGUUGGUCGUCGAUGCCCAUCAGGUGGCCAUGUAAUUUCUCAAAUGAUACCGCAAUUGCUUAAUGUUUUAAGUAAAUUUCUCAUUAUAAUAAAUAAU